AUGACAACAGACGGAGAGAAUGAACGGGUCAUUGCACCUAAUGGUUGGAGAGAACCAGCAUCGUCGAUCCUUGCUACGCAUCUCGCACCGCGUCUUGCUACUCAAGGACAUGAAUCAAAUCUAAGCCGGGAGACGUUCGCACAGCUUCGCCAGGAGCUCUUGAGUGAGACACAUAAUCAACUACGCGUUGAUGAGGAUGUCACCGAUGUGAACAAGCUCAUAUGUAUCGUCCUCAAAGCUGGUCUAGAGAUUAGCUCCAACGGGAAUACCCCAGAAUUAGAUCUGGAAGGGCAAGCUCUUGACUGUUUGGAUAUCAUCCAGGCGAGCAUUGAGAAAGCCCCUCAAGCACUGUGGGAACAUUCUGACCCACUGAUCUUGGGGGAGGACAUACAUGCUCCUCUAUUCGCUUGGCUAAUCCUCCGACUGAUCCGUCUUGCCAAUAUCUGGACUUCCGAAACCUUCCGAGAGAAAAUUCAACUUAUCUGGGAAAGUCUAGCUUAUUUCCAGCUCAAACAGGCCCGUUCAUUGCCUGCAAGUUAUGCUGUAACUGCAUUUCUGCGUGCUUGCACGUCGGAUAUUUUGGUCUCGCUUGAAACUUUCCAAUAUAGCGAUGCCUGGGAUGCACGCCUCAGAGGUCUGUCACUACCCGCAGCGGGUGGAUCGCUUUUGCAAGACAUCGAGAACUUGAAUCUUUCUCCUCGAUUGUUCGAAACCAAGAUGGCCCUUGGGGGAUUUUUGAAAACUGCUUCCCUAGCAUGUCGAUUGCUAGAUGCAUUCAACCCAAAAUGCGAGACGCAGCCCCGUGCCAAGCAUCAGGAUCUUAUUGUUCGUCAGAACUUCUCGUGGGUCCUCAAUGGUUUCCAUCGCCUUCGGAAGGUCAUUAUCGAAUGGCUGCAAAUGACAGGAGCGCAGAUUACUCCAGAAGAUGAAAGUGUGCCCUUACAAUAUUUGACACAUUUGCACCGUUGCAGCGCACCGCAAUCGACUUUAGCGGGUCUGCUAUCAAACAUGAGUUUGAUUUCUACCUGGUCUCAGUGCCUGAGUGGAUUUCUUAGUCUUGAAAAUAUAGAUCAAUUGCCUUCUGUUCAAGCCAUUCUAAGUUGCUUUUUGGAUGAUCUCUCGCAGAUUGCCAAGAGCUCACAGUCACUGGUGCCACAUCUGAGAGAAAUCCUUCUUCCAGCUUUGACAGAGGUGAAAGACGGCAAGGAUUUAGUUCAACGGUUCAAGCCGCGUCUCCAGACCUCCCUCCAAGUCCUGCAUACCCAGCUUUCAUAUCCAGCACCUCUGUUUACCCUGGAUUCGAUCAAAGAACCAUCGGAAGGUCAUCUCGAUCAAUCGGAGACGACCCUCCGGAGAGCUGAGUCCUCUCACCAAGCGGUGCCAAAUGAAGACACCAGAGCAUCGAAGCGGUUGUGUCUCCCAGGAUUACUACUCGAACCUUCCAAUAAUGAUGUAUUUAAGGUACUUGUGGGAAAGGUAUCUACUAUCAUUCAAUCGAACUGUGGCGAAACGAUGGCAAACCUGCGUACCUCCAUUCAAACAUCAUAUGAUGAACUUUCUGAGCCUCAGAAAACCGAGAUUCUUGACAUAUUGGGCAAAAUCUCGUGUGCAGUAACGGGAAGGCUUUCAAAGAAGUGUUCUGAAGUCAUAGUACGAGACACACUAUUUUGUGAAAUUUGUGACGUCGAGCAGCUUGAACAUGAUCGUUCUGCGAAUGGGGAAUGUGCGGAAUUCGAGGAAAUCUGGUCACUGUUCAAUUUCAUCCUACCAAAACUCACACGCACCCCUGGCCCUCGAAUCUCCGCAAUGGUCGCACUGAGAAGAAUUCUGAUGCAUGCCCCUAACUCAAAUCAAAUGCAUAUCUCAAACUCGACUUCCGGGGAAUUCUGUCUGCAUUCUCUACGGAGCUCAAUCCGAGAGUUGCGCAUUGCGACUGGACAUUCAGUGGUGGCUUUUGUGCGGUCAAAUCUGCCAGCAGAAAUUCGUCGAGCCAAUUUCGUCGUUGUACUGGAGUGGUUGAAAAAUCUAUCCGGUAAAGAUGAUACACCGUUACAAGAAGCUUGUAUAAUGACGCUCUGUGGCCUUGCAAUUGUCUCGGAGGAUGAAGAGAAGAAUAUCAUCCUUCUGCGGUUGUUGGAGUAUCUAGGUCAUCCAAAUCCCUACGUCUGCGCAGUCGCUUAUAAUGAAUUAUCCAAACUCGCACAACAAUUUUCCUUGACGCCCGCCGGACUAUUCCGACCCUACUGGAGAAGCCUCUCGGUCACCGUUGUCAAAAACCUUCCCUCUCGCCCGUACAUGGCCGAGCAGCUAUGUGACUUGCUUGGCAUGAAAGUCGAUGGUUUCCUUAGACUGACAGAAGUUCAUGUAUUACCUUAUCUGGUUUUAACUCGAAAGCGAGACAUUAUUUGCAGAAUCGGGGCUAGUCGCAACGAGGGCGAGUCUGCGUUUGAUGUCUGCUCAGAAAAGAACAACCUAGCUGCAAUUCUUGCUUUCCUUCUGUCUCAGCAAUCGGAAAACCCAGAGGCGAUGAUCAUGUCUCUCUUAGCAGAUAUUGAUCCUGCAUUCAAGGGUCGCUCGCUAGCGGAAUUGGUGAGGAUUGAGCCAAUCCUGAUUGCUUGCGACUUGCUGAAAAGUCUUGGCGAUGCAGGCGAGCAAAAGAAGGAGAGGUUCAACCAGGCCCUUCAUCGAUUGGCCACAUUCGUUCCACGAAAAAUCGUGCACGGGAGUUCGUCUAAGAAGGCGGAUCUAAGCCAGUUUAUCGAGGAGCACGUUCUCGGUAUUAUCACACAAUUCGCAAAUGCCAUCAACGAUUUCCAGGUACGACAAACGCUUGCAGAGAAAAGAAGAAACAUCAAAGCCAUCGAAGAGAUGAUCAACAUUGCGCAAGGCCAUGUCAGCAGUGCACUGCCCCAGGUUUGUGCCUGUCUUCGAUCUGCAUUGGAGAUUCAAGAGCUUUGUGAUUAUGCAUUUUCUGCGUGGAAGACAUUGAUUAGUUCUCUCAGCGAAGAGGACCUUGAGCCAAUAGUCGAUCAAACAUUAGCGAUUGUGAUCAGAUACUGGGAUAAUUUGACCGAAGAGAGCAGAAACCGCGCAUUUGAACUCAUCGAUCACAUCCUGACGAAUCAUCCGAGUCUCGUGCGGGAUACCUUCAAUACUAUGCCUUCUCUUGCAUCUAUUCCAGAGCUCGCCCCCUUCGAGGCCAAAAUCAACGAAUUGAGAGCCCAAAUGGACGUGCGGAGCCAGUUCCUAGCGUUGAUCCGUCGCUGUCAAAGCGAGAAUGCUACCGUUGUCGAGCAAGCUUUAAUGGAGUUAGCACCUUUUCUGUCGGCAAACGAGGAGUUCCUCCAUGACUCUGUUCUGAGUGAACAACCGGAUCCGGUGAUUGCACAAUUGACUAGAUCAUUGUUAGACUGCUGUGUCAAGUUUAGCACCAGUUCAGACAGUAUUACUUUGCUAUCGGCUCGGUGUCUCGGGCUGGUUGGCUGCCUUGAUCCGAACCGAGUCGAGACGAUCAAAGAGAAAAAAGAUAUCCUCGUCUUAUCCAACUUUGACAGAAUGGAGGAGACAGUUGCAUUCAUUCUCUUCUUCCUCCAGCAUGUGUUGGUUGAAGCAUUCUUAUCUGCUUCUAAUACCAGGGCUCAGGGAUUUUUGGCAUGGGCCAUGCAAGGCUUGCUCAAAUUCUGCAAGCUGAACACGCUCCUGACUCAACGCUCUCGCGAUUUGCAGGGAGAUGAAAAGCAUCAACGCUGGAUGGAACUUCCGGAGAGUGUUCGCAACACCCUUACACCCUUUCUCACAUCCACAUAUACCGUCACUGUUGUAACCAACCACACCGAGGUCAAAUAUCCGCUCUUUUCCCCAAAGUUGACUCACAGUGAAUGGCUUCGCACGCUGGUACAAGAUCUUUUACAAACCGGCAAUGGAGAUAAUGCCAAAAUGGUCUUUUCAAUAUCAAGUCGUGUGGUCAAAGGCCAAGAUAUCUCCAUAUCUUCGUUCCUUCUGCCAUUUGCGGUCCUGAACCGCAUUGUGGGGGGAACCGAGCAAGAGCAAGAAGAUCUGCAACGUGAACUGAUGAGCGUGCUUUCACAUCCCAUCCCCGAGACAAACAACAAUGCUCGUGAGACAAUCAUAAGCAGUAGCCAAAGCGUUUUUGAAGUGCUAGACUACCUUUCCAGGUGGCUACAUGGAAAGAAAAAGCACCUCAAUGGCCUUAGCCACACUUCCAACCAAUCCAGUCGAUCAUACAAAGAACUCAGUCGUGACGCCCUUAUUGACAAAUACUCGUCACAGAUCAAGUCGGUAGAGAACUUGCUCUCUUCGAUACCACCUGAGAUCAUCUCCAAGCGAGCCGUUGAAUGUAAAUCAUUCUCCAAAGCUCUUUUCCAUUGGGAACAGUACAUUCGAAAAUCCAAGUCUCACGGAGAAGCACAAGAGCGAGCUAGCCUUGAGCCUUUAUAUCAAAGGUUGCAAGAUAUCUAUAGCCAGAUCGAUGAACCUGAUGGAAUUGAAGGAAUUUCAAGUCAUCUAUCUGCAUUAGACAUUGACCAGCAGAUUCUCGAGCACCGCAAAGCAGGCAGAUGGGCCACGGCGCAGAGUUGGUACGAGCUACAACUUGAGAAGGAACCUGACAACAUCGAUGCACAAUGGAACCUUGUCACAUGCCUCAAGGAAUCUGGCCAACAAGAUGCCAUUCUUACUCGCUUUGAGAUUCUCAAAGAGAAUGUAUCAUCAGCUUCGCGGUUCCUUCCCUUCGCGGUUGAAGCGUCGUGGAUUAUGAGCAGAUGGGAUAAGCUCGAGGGCUAUCUUGAUCUUUGUGCCAGACAAGGCACCGACGAGUUCAAUGUUGGCAUAGGAUCAGCUCUAGACGCUCUUCGCCAAAAGCAGAUCGGAGCAUUCACAGAUAAAAUCAACGAACUUAGGCUCAACGUUGCCCGAUCACUGACCACAAACUCUGCAGCAUCACUACAAUCGUGCCAUGCUGACAUGCUCCGCUUGCAUGCUUUGUCGGAAGUUGAAUCAAUUGCCAAAACAGAAACAAAUUGUUCACAUUCAAGCAUACUCGGUGCUUUGGACAGACGUUUGGAUGUUUUGGGAGGAUAUCUUUCUGACAAACAAUAUCUUUUAGGAUUGCGGAGGGCUGCAAUGGAGCUAUCGGGCGCGUUCGCAGAUUCUGAUAUAUCAGCUGCUUGGCUCACCAGUGCUCGUCUUUCAAGAAAAGGCAAUUUCAGCAGUCAAGCAUAUCACUCGAUGUUGAACGCUGCGCGAUUGAAAGACAGAUCUGCUACCAUCGAACAUGCGAGACUCCUUUGGAAAGAUGGACAUCAUCGAAAAGCGAUUCAGACCCUCGAGGGUGCAAUUUCUGCCAAUGAAUCUGUCCCAACUACAUCUUCCUCAGUAGAUGUUGAAGCCAUGUCAUUCCUCUCGGGUCGUGGGCAGCACCAGAAUGAAUCAACCGCUCUCGCUCAUUUGAUGUUGGCUAAAUGGACGGACAGAGCUGGCCAAACACACUCACAGGCCAUCGUCCAGAGAUAUCGAGAAGCCAUUAAGCUGUAUCCAAAAUGGGAAAGAGCGCACUAUUACCUAGGAAAACAUUACAACAAAAUCCUGGAGUCCGAACAAGCCAAGCCUAUGGGCAAAGAAGCUCAGAUAUACCUGAGUGGAGAAGCUACAAAGCUUGUCAUUGACAAUUACCUCCGCUCACUAACAUAUGGAACUAAAUAUGUCUUCCAGACGUUGCCCAAGCUGCUAACUCUCUGGCUUGAACAUGCCUCUAUUGUUGAGCAGCCGAUUGAUCCGAAAAGGGGUGACAACGAGGAGUUUCAAAGGCAUACAAAAGCGCAACGGCAGAAAAGCCUCGACGAGAUGCAUUUGCAACUCAAGAAGUUCAUCGAUAAACGCUUGCAAGCAGCUCUACUGUUCACAAUAUUGCCGCAAGUGGUUGCCCGAAUCUGCCAUCCCAACACCACCGUCUAUGAUCUCUUGACGCGCAUUGUAGCAAAGGCAGUUCAUAACUUCCCACAGCAAGGCCUCUGGACAGUCCUUGCCGUUGUCAAGUCCUCCAAUAAGGACCGAGCUUCCAGAGGAUACAACUGCCUACAGAAGAUCACGGACUAUGGUAACAAGUCGAAGGGAGACUCCUCGACCGCUGCAGAAAUCCGUCGUAUGAUCAGCCAAGGCACGAAGUUUUCAGAUGAGCUUCUUGCCUUGUGUCUUGCUCGAGUCGAAGAAAAGGCAUCCAAAGUUUCACUCGGCCGCCACAUAGGGUUCAAUCAUAAGGUCGCACCAUGUCGAUUAGUGGUUCCUUUUCAGGCUAUGUUGAUUCCAAGUCUUCCUGCCAGUCAAAAUAUUGAGUACAUCAAAGGGUUCAGGGCCUUUCCUCGGGACCCAACGACUAUUGAGGCGGUUCUCGAUGAAGCCCAGAUCUUGAACUCACUCCAAAAGCCACGCAAAAUCAGCUUGCGAGGUUCCGAUGGGAAGAUCUACAAUGCACUUUGCAAACCUAAAGAUGAUCUCCGUAAGGACCAACGUCUCAUGGAGUUCAACAACAUGAUCAACCGAUUUUUGAAAAGAGAUGUUGAAUCAAGCAAGCGGCGCAUGUACAUCAAGACGUAUGCGGUGACACCUCUCAAUGAAGAAUGUGGUCUUAUUGAGUGGGUUGAUAACCUCCGCACAUUACGAGAGAUUAUCAUCAGGCUUCUACGCGAGAGAGGCAUUUCACCAAAUUAUAACGAGAUCAGGCACUACCUGAACGAUAUCUGUGCCGAUCGGUCAUUCGCAAAGUUGCCCUUGUUUACCACUAAAAUUCUAGCCAGACUUCCUCCAGUUCUUCACGAAUGGUUCAUUGAGAUGUUCCCGGAGACAGAGGCUUGGUUUACAGCAAGAUUGAGAUAUACGCGGUCCUCGGCCGUGAUGUCAAUGGUGGGAUAUGUCCUUGGUCUAGGUGAUCGACAUGGCGAGAAUCUUUCAUUCGAAGAAGGUACAGGUGGCCUCUUACAUGUUGACUUCAAUUGUCUCUUCGACAAAGGUCAAACAUUUGAGAAGCCCGAAGUAGUGCCUUUCCGGUUGACACAUAACAUGAUCGAUGCCUUCGGCGCUUACGGAUAUAAUGGUCCCUUUAGGAGAACUUGUGAGAUCACACUCAGCCUUCUCCGACAAAAUGAAGAUGCCUUGAUGACUGUACUUGAGACCUUUUUGCAUGACCCCACGACUGAUUUUAUUGGAAAGAGACGUCGCACCCAUGCGAAUGUCCCCGAUACCCCAGCUGGUGUGCUGGAGGAUGUCCGUAACAAGCUCCGGGGCUUCAUGUCUAAGCAGCCAAUGGCACUUUCCGUGGACGGCCAAGUGGAUGAAUUGAUCGUGCAAGCGACAGACAAGAAGAAGUUGGCGUCAAUGUACAUCGGAUGGUGUGCAUUUUUCUAA